GAUUGAUCGGCUUCUUUAAAUAUUUUUCUUUUCCUUCUCCCUCCCUUUUUCUCAGAUAGAACUGGAACUACUGAGGUAGAUUAAUUCAUUGUGAAUCGCAUUACAGAUUGAUCUAUUUUUGUUACGUGAGGUUGUUGAAGAUUUGGAGGAUGGAGGAGUACUUACAGUACAUGAAAACUUUACGCUCACAUAUGAACGACGUGGAGGAUCAAGCGGCGAAGAUUUCUGUCGAAGAGCAAACGCAGAUCACUACUAUUCAGACUCUGAAGAACGAGGUUGAUUUAGCUAAAUCUGAAACAAAGCUACUAAAGGAGGAUUCUGACCUAAUGAUGAAGGGAAAGGGACACAUCUGCUCUCAGAUUUUAGAAAGACGAAAUAAAAUUGCUUUGUUGGAAAAUGAUUCGUCCACACUUUCACAGACAUUGGAGCUUAUCCAACAGGAAAGAUGCAACUUGUCAACCAAACUUGUUGAGAAACGUGCAUUCUAUGGCAUGACUGAAGAGGAGAUCAACACCAAAUUAAAAGAACAACAGGACUGGUUGGAUUCAUACAAGUCUAGCUUAAAGAUUGGAGACCAUAAUUUGGAUGAUGCAUACAACGAUACAAUGACAAAGGUUGAUGCUGCCAAAACUAAAUUUGACAAGCUGACACAUAUGAGAUCUGAACUUGCCUCAGAACAUCACAAGGUGAAGGAAUCAUUGGAGAAACUGAAGGGUAGAAUUGAAAAUUUUAAGCAAGAACUAAGGGAUAUGCCUAGUGAGACCCUGGAAGAGGAGCUUCAAGCUCUUAUUUCUGACAAAUCUGGAGAAACUCAGUAUCAUGAAUCUAUACAGAACCAAAUCGACACUAUUAAGGGAAUUUCACACAUGGUUAAAUGUGGUUGUGGAGAGGAGUACAAAGUAGAAGUGGUUAUUUGUUUGUAAUAGAAACAUGUCACAACUCAACAAAAGGGUCUUUAGUCUUUACACAAAGUCCAUUGUAUGGAGCUUGAGUAAACUCACUAAUCAUUGGAAUACCUAUGAGUGCAAAAAACUCCUUAUUACUAUUAGAUAUGAAUGCAAUCAACUUCUUAUUAGUGUUAUAUGUUGUAAUAUAAAAUAAUUUAGGAUGUUACUAACAUGUAAAUAUUUUUUGGAUGACUUUCCACUUGUUAAAUAUGUUUUUGUAG